ACAAGACAAAAACAACAAAUUAAUUAGGCAACCGUCUCGCGGGUUUAGCCCGGCCCCCUACUACCAGCUUAUUAUAUCUCGCCUCCACGUCCUCGUCGCUCACAACGCGACACACUCCCAAGCACACACACAGAGCGCGCGCGCGCGCGCCCAUGCAGCAGCAGCAGCAGCCGCGCAUGGCGGACAUUGACCUCGACGCCGUGCGCGCCGUCCGCGUGCUCGGCCGCGGCGCCAUGGGCACCGUGUUCCUCGUCGCCGCGGCGGCGGACGACGCCGCCGGCGGCGGGGCGUGCUACUACGCGCUCAAGGUCUUCGACAAGAGGUCCGUCGUCGCGUCGGCGGCGAGGCAGGGGGACGCGGCGCGGCGGGCGAGGUGGGAGGUGUCGGUGCUGUCCGGGCUCGCGCACCCGCACCUCCCGUCGCUGCUCGGGCGCGCCGAGACGGGCGACCUCGUGGCGUGGGCCGUGCCGUACUGCCAUGGCGGGGACCUCAACGAGCUCCGCCACGCGCAGCCCGACCGCGUCUUCUCCCCCGCGGCCAUCAGGUUCUACGUCGCCGAGCUCGUCUCCGCGCUCGCCGAGCUCCACGCCGCCGGGAUUGCGUACCGCGACCUCAAGCCCGAGAACGUCCUCCUCCGCGCCGACGGCCACGUCACGCUGACCGACUUCGACCUCUCCCGGCUGCUCCCGCCCGUCUCCCCCUCCGCGUCCACCUCCACCUCGUCGUCGUCGUGCUCGGCCACGUCGUCGCCGCCGCCGCAGCUGCAGGGACAUGGCCGGAGCCAGCUGAGGCGAAUCUUCGCGAGAAGUGAGUCGUCGGUGGCCGCGACGACAUCGACGUCGUCGCCCGGGCAGUACACCCACAACCUGGCCUGGUUCCUCAAGAGAAGCGACGGCGGCGGCGGCGCCGCCGACCACCUCAAGAAGGCGAAGUCGGCGAGGGUGUCGCCGGUAAGCCGCGGCAAGAAGCAGGCGAGCUUCUGCUCGGCCGCGAGCGCGAGCGGCGGCGCCGCCGCCGCGUGCGAGAGGUCAUUCUCGUUCGUGGGCACGGAGGAGUACGUGGCGCCGGAGGUGGUGCGGGGCGAGGGGCACGAGUUCGCCGUCGACUGGUGGGCGCUCGGCGUGCUCGUCUACGAGAUGGCGUACGGGAGGACGCCGUUCCGGGGGCGGAGCCGGAAGGAGACGUUCCGCAACGUGCUCCUCCGGGAGCCGGAGUUCUCCGCCGACUCGCGGCGGCGGUGGCCGGAGCUCACCGACCUCAUCGCGAGGCUGCUCGACAAGGAGCCCACGAAGAGGCUCGGCUUCGCCGGCGGCGCCGACGAGGUCCGUGCCCACCCGUUCUUCGCCGGAGUCGCGUGGGACUUGCUCGGCGAGCUCUCCCGGCCGCCGUACAUCCCGCCGCCGGCCGACGACAUUGCCGCGUGCGAGGGGUUCAGCGUGGUAGAGUAUUUCAACAAGCUUCACGAGCCUUCGCCGGAGCCGGAGGAGGAGGAGUUGACGGAGUUCUUGCCGGAGUUCUGACGUCCGGUCUCCGGUGUUCCACUCGAACUACAGUAUUUCUCUCUUUUUUUCACUUUCACCUCAAAAAAAAUCAUUAAUUAUGUGAUCCUGUGGUGAAAGGGGUAAACUAAAAUUGAGUAGAAGAGAUUGUACUGUAAAAUUGUGACAUGGUAAGGGUAGGUUUGUGAAAUAAGGGUAACUAUUUCGGUAGGGGACUGUAAAAUCCGAAUCCUUUUCUGCUCACUAGAGGCUAGGGUGACUGAAAAUACUGUACUUCACAAGGGUUAAUCCCUGCAGUCUAAUUGACUACGGUACAGUGUUCGAUUUGUUGGUCUCAGACGCCCGAGCGGAAGCAUUUUCGAUCAGAUAGUUGUAUGUGUUUCGAUAAAAAAAAUUCAGAUAAUUGUAGUUAUUGAUUCUCUCUGCAUGAUGACACAAGGACGAUU